UUUACUAAACGGAUAUUUAACUGCCACCCGUCCGAGACACCACCCCUACCAGCUCCAUCCUGCUGCUACAGUAUGUGUAAAGGACUAGCAUCGCUGCCUACCUGCUGCUUGGAAAGGGCCAAGGAGCUGAAAGCAAGGCUGGGGAGCAUUUUGCAAAAAUCCAACUGGAAUCUAUCCUGCUGCAAAAUAGGGCAUAAUAAGCCAACCCUGGAGGAAUGCCUUAGGUGGAGAGAGUCCUUUGAAAAACUACUGUCCAGCAAAUACGGACUGUGCGCCUUCACAGCCUUCCUGGUGUCUGAGUUCAGCGAGGAGAACAUUGCGUUCUACUUUGCUUGUGAAGAUUACAGGACUACCAAGUGCACUGACAAACUACCAGCCAAAGCCCAGAAGAUCUACAAUGAAUUCAUUGGCAGCGACGCUCCUCGGGAGAUUAACAUUGACCACGAAACACGUGACAUCACCAGAGCCAACAUGCUGGCUGCGUCACCUUCUUGCUUCGACCCGGCCCAGCACAAGAUCUACAUGCUCAUGGCCAAAGACUGCUACCCUCGCUUCCUCCGCUCUCCAGCCUACAGGGAUCUAGUGUGCCAAGCCAACCGAAGCGCCAAGGCCACCAAGCAGCGCCAGCAGGAGAAGAAGGCGUGAACUCUCUCCAUAAGCCGAUGGAGGCUCGUUAGUGGUUUGCCUUAAAGGUUGAGAAAGCAAAAGGCAUGACAUUGCGUCAUAAAGCUGGACGCAGGUGCAAACACAGAUCGUCACAAGAGCAGCAGUGGAUGGGUUUGUUCUGUAGACGCCGACGAUUGAAGAGAAAAGAAAAAUGGAAAUAAAAUUGGAGGUUGAUGCCUUAAGUGGACUGCUGUGUGAACACAGAUGAAGUUUGUAUAUCAAGGUCAAGUGAAAGUAUUACAGACUGAGUGACAACCAAAACGGGAGGGAAGGAGAAAAGCACUUUUCUUUGCCAUUAGGCAAUCAUUUGUGGUUGUGAUGUGCAAUGUAUAUCUGUCAAAGUCUUACACUGUUUGCGAACAGGCAUGAAAGGUACUUUAUGAUUUUGUAUUUAUUUGUAUUUAUUUGCCUGUAAUAUAUGUGUGUCACAUUCUUGUCAACAUGUGCAAUUUAAUUUAUCUUAUUAUAUUUAUAUCA